AUGACGCAGAACCGUCUGGGUACGGCAAUUUCUUCACCUCCGCGGCGGGCCCGCAGGACAGUGCUUAAUACGAUAAUCGAAGAUACGAGAGAGGCGCAGUAUGGCGAGGACGAUGGGAGCCAUUCGCGCCUGACGGUUACCACUAACCCCGCUGUCCACCAGGGGAAGGUAGCCAUGGCUGCGUCCAAGGAAGAAGUCGAUCGUGUGUCGACUCCAGUGUCGACAGAUUCCUUGUCGUCCUGCUCGGAUCAGGAAUGGCAGCGUGGGAUGCGGAGCUUCGAUGAGCUCUAUGAUGCAACCGACGACGAGUCUGGAGAGGAAUGUCCUUCUCUCUCCAGCAGUCGUCCCUCCAGUCUCGCGACCACAUCAGUCCGGGGCUCAACCUACUCCUCCAACAGUCGCAAUCGUUAUCCUAGUCUUACCAUUCCCUCGGACACGCUCUGGCCGUCCCUCAACACCCCCAAUAAGAGCUCUCCCGUACCUCCGACGCCGCCUCCAAAGAUUCCUGUCUCGCCGGCGGCGCUGUCAAGGCUGCCGCGAUUUGUGCCAGCGCUACAUGCGCCACCCUCCCUUGAUGGGAGUGUGUCGUCAGACCAGAUCUCGAAUAUGAGCGCACCUCCCACACCGGAGCUUCAGGCGGUUUCUGACCUUGAGUGGGACGAUCAGCCGAUUCGCGUUCUCCCGGACUCGGAGGCGACGCGCAAUGCCGAUGAGUCGAGUACGGGCAUGGUGACAGAGGGCGAGCUCGCCAUCGAAGCGGCGGAUGAUAACUGGAAUCCUCUUCUGGAAAGCUUUCCCCGGAUCCCGGUUCGCGGGGAGGAGGAGACCACGGAAACGAUCCCCAUCGUCUUCGCGGAUGAUUCUGCCCGGUCGCAGAGCCCAGAGGCAGAUGCAGAUGGGAUCAUGCUUCCUCCCGAUGCAAUGGCGACCCUUCAGCAUAUCCCGCUUGACGGCACCCCUGAGCCAUGGUCCGAAACGUCCGAGAAGAACGACGAGAUGCAGCAGUUGUCGGCACCUCCUAGCCGUCCACGAAGCGCGGAUGGCGCGACACCCUCUUCUGAGCUCUCAGGAUACAGUUUUACCAAUCUCAGCAUCCCAUCUCCCGGAGAUUUCUUCUCGUCCUUGGCUCCGAGAGCGCGUCGUACGUGGGCUAUCCCAGACGCCAACAAUCCUCCAUCCUCGGCAGUCGCGGAACGUUUCUACAACGUGCCUUGGAAUCGAGAUGAAGGAGAAAUCGUCGAGCAAGUUGUGCAGUGUCCAGAACACGUCUGCGCGGACGAACAACCUACGGCGGUUCCGCUCUCGAGUGGACCACCUACGGCGAUCAGGAUUUCCUCGGACCCGGAAAACGGACAAUCGCAUCAAAAUGAUAGUCCUAUUAGCUCAGGAACAGAUCCUGUCCAAGAAAUCGAUCGGUCUGGGGUCACCUAUGAAUAUGACGAGUCCUAUGAGGAGGAGUUGAAACGGCAGGCCGUUGCGAACCUGGACCGAACCAGUGUCUGGCUGGCAGCGCAGGCAUCCUACUUGGCUGCCCUUCGUGAAACAAACCCCGCGAACAAAGCUCAGCCUAAUGCUGAGUCGCCUGAGGCAGAGAAGGUGAUUUCGCCAUCUGUUGCGGACUCUCUCCCCAGGAAAUCCGUGCGAUUCGCGGAGAAUGCGCUAGAGUCAGCGGCGAGUAGCCCACCACCGCAAGCGCCCGCGAGCAAGGACUCGAUUUACUGGAGGGGGUUUCAAUCCGUGCUCCAGCGAUCUCGUCGUCGGGACACCUUCCUCCAUAGCAAUAUUCGCUUCGACGCCGUGCAAUCUGUGCGCCUCGCGUUACGCGACAAACAUGUGGAUAGCCUGAUGGGCAAGUACGAGCUGGUUCGACCGGAGCGACCAGCAUACACGGGUCCGUUCUCUCAGGCACCACGCAACUCCAAGGCUGCCGAAGUGUUGGCAGAACAGGCCUUCUUUGCCGAGCUUGAGAAAGAGCAGAUGGUGCUUGCUCAGCUUCGUCAGUCUAUGUGGGCAACUGAGGCGCUGCGGUACUUGAAUGGUGGCAGUCUCAUCUCCAGUCCUGCAUCGAGACGACUCUCCAAGGUGACUCAGCCUCUAAAUAGCCGGGAGAAAGCCGGAAAACGUCGCUUGCGGGUCCUUGACCUGGGGGGACAAGCCGCAUGCGGGUGGGCCUGGCAUCUUGCCAAUGACUACCGGAAUGUCAAAAUCUACACGGUCGUCACCAAGGACCAAGUUGUCAAUGACGCGAUCAAGGGGCCACCGAACCAUCGUUGCGUGUCUGUUUCGUGUCUCUGGAAAUUGCCUUUCCGCGACAAUCAGUUUGAUGUGAUCUCCGCUCGCUCCCUGCAUGCGCUGCUGAAGACGGAGCGUCCGAUUGGAGAGAGUCUGGACGAAUUUGACCUCUGUCUCCAGGAGUGCUAUCGCUGCCUGAAACCCGGUGGCUAUCUGGAGUUCUUCGUGAUGGACGCGGAGAUCGCUCGUGCUGGGCCCUACGGGUCUGCAACGUCGGUGGAGUUCGCAUUCAACCUGAAGACGCGCGGCUAUGACCCUGCCCCGACGAAGAGAUUCCUCGCUCGCAUGAGGAGGAGUCGCUUCGUGGGCAUCAAGCGAGCCUGGUUGUUCCUGCCUAUGGGCGUGGAGCCCGUGAAGUCGCAUCCACCCCGAGAAACGCCCGAUCCGACCGUGCCAAGUCAGGUCCCCAACUACGAGGCCGUUCACGGGCCCGUGGGCAGCACCGCGGAUGUGGCGAGCAUGACGGGGCUACUCGGUGGAUGGAUGUGGGAGCAAUGGAUGCUGAAGCUCCAGAUGGAGAUGGGUCGAGAGCGCAAGAAGCUGCUGGAGGGUGUCGGCAGCAUCUUUGAUGAAGGACGCAAGAAUGGCUCCGGUUGGACUUGCUUGUGCGGGUGGGCCAUGAAGCCGAAACGCAGGCCAGCCAAGCACAGCGCUGUGAACGAGACUGCUAAGUCGUAG